UAGGCUUCCAUGUUCAUGACAAUAUACUUCCCAUUAAAGAUCUACGCCACAAUUUUGUCCCGUGACCCGUGGAAUAGUGUGAAUAAAAGUUUUCUCCCAUAAUCUUUUUCCACAGGAAGGACAGUGAAAUGAUUUGUUUUGUAUGUGUUUGUUGGCAAUUGCAACGUCAACAAACAACACUUCAUUUAUAGACAUUUCGGUGUGUUCCACUUGUUUUGGAAAAUUUAGAACGCCGAGGUUAAAAUGGAUUCGCCGGAUUUGAAAUGAAACCGAAAGUUGAUUUGUAAUUUAUCAACAUGGCAACAUCCCUAGAAAGCUCUUCGAUGGAGGAUGUUACAUUGUGUUCUAUAUGUUUCGAAAAGUUCAAGUCGCCGAGGUUUUUACCGUGUACACAUUCCUUCUGUCACGGGUGUUUAUCUUCCUACAUUGUUAAUGUGUGUAAAUCUACGGAGCCUCGUUUGGGAUUCAAUUGUCCAUUAUGCCGCGAGUACAUACCCAGUCCUGGAGCCUUCGAUAACCCAGAAGAGUGGACGGGGCUUUUUCCUGUGAAUGAAGUUUUAGAGACAAUCGUUCAGAAGCCUGAUAAGAAACUGUGCGAUCCUUGCUUACGAGAUAACGAAAAUGACAAUGCUACCGGGUUCUGUUUUUCUUGCACUGAAUAUCUAUGCCUGGUAUGUACCAAACAUCACAGAAAACAUUUGCUCUCAAGAGACCAUACCGUGUGUCAAUUGAACGAGAUGAAAUCCGGGAACAUAUUUCCUGAAUCAGGAAAUAUCCCUACCUGUCCUGAACAUAAAAAGGAAACAAUAAAAUUCUUCUGUAACGAUCACCAACAGUCCUCUUGUUCAAUGUGUAUAGGAACAAGUCACAGAAAAUGCGAAAGUGUUGAUACUGUCGAAGACGCAGCAACACAUAUAAAACAAAAUGGCCGACUGGAUGUUCUUUUGGGUGAUGUGAAGAACCUGGAAAAGAAACUGACAGAAGCAAAGAGCGAACAAGAGAUGAAUGUAGCAGAAAUAGAGAAUUUAGUGGACGAAAUCAUAGAGAAAACAGAAAGGGAAUUCAAGGAACUUGUUGAUCACCUAGAAAUACUGAAGAACAAACAUUUAGAGGAAGUAGCAGGUGCGCUGAAGAAAGGAAGGGGGAUGUUAAGUGAUUGUACAAAUGUACUUACUGAUGGUAUACAGUGCACAAAUUACUGCUGCCGGAAUAUUGAAAGAGUUAAAGAGACGGAGAAUGACGCUGAAAUGGUGAUGACUUAUUACAGAGUGAAAGAGAAGCUGUUACAGCUGAAACGGUUUAAAUUCAAGAAGAAACAGAUAAAGAUAUCGGAAAUGAAGUCACAAGUUUUGAAAGAAGUGAGAAAUAUGGAAUCUUUUGGAGAUAUUGAAUAUGCUGAAUCUGAUCAUCACAUCAUGUACGAUAUAAGAAAUAUUCGAUUGUCUUUAGUCUCGGAGUUUGACAUUGCAGGAACUUGUGUAUGGAGUGGAAAUUUUCUAUCAAAUGGUAACUUUGUAGUUGCAAAACACAGAGAUAAUGGCGGUUGUGUUAUUUAUAACAAAGACUGGAUAUUCACGGAAGUCAUUGAUGGACUGAGUUACCCCUUUGAAGUAAUACAAGUUGGAGAAGAACUACUUGUGACAUGUUAUCCAAUGAAGUCUAUCGAAGUUUUCUCUGCGUAUGAUCUACAUAAACUGCGAAGUAUCAAUAUAAACGAAGACGUUUAUGGAAUAAGAAAACACAAUGGAGCGUGUUAUGUAGCAUGUGGAGAUAAAAUCAUAAAAAUUGAUAUGUCUGGAAAAAUGCUUAGAGAAUAUAAAGCUGAAGGCAUUAAUAAUAUUUAUUUAAUUGUAACAAAUGAUGCACUUCUUGUGUACAGUAACUGGGCCCUUCAUACAGUAACCACCAUUACGGACCAGGGAGACACCGUCUGGCAGUACAAACAUCUCAAAUUGAAAGAACCCCAUGGACUUGAUGUAGACUCUUUCGGUAAUAUCUUUGUUGCCGCUACAGGAAGUAACAAUAUCCACGUGUUGUCUGGUGCUGGCAGUCUCAUUAGGAUUAUCGAGGAUAUUCCACAGCCAGUGUUUAUCAAACUAAUGGAGGAGAGGAGUAUGUGUUGUGUGUGCAGCAAUUACAAACUCAUGAAAGUGUAUAAAAUGUAGAUUUUUAUAGCUCAGUGUUAAGAUAUUCCAUGAGAUAAGGUAUGCCGAAAUACAAGUUGUUCGACAAUUUGAUAAAUGCAAUUCUAAUUGAAAAUCAAAUAUAAGAUAUGAUUUCGUUGGAUGACUCAACGUAUUUUUACUAACCUAAAAUCUUUAGUGUCAGCCCAUUGGUUUUGUUGGAGCAGUUUGCUGUACAUGAAUGGCUUCACUCAAGGGAGGUCAUGGGCUCUAUUUUUGAUUCCAGUACCUCGUCAAACCUAAGACAGUAUACAUCGGUAGUGAAUCAAUAAUUAUAACCUUAAAGCUAAGAUGAGGUUAUAAAUAUCUUACAAUGUUUUCGCCGCAUACAAUAUUUCAUUUACAUGUAUUUCUGUACAUCAAGUCUGUAGGAAACUACUAUUUUUAUUAUUUUUGGUUGAAUCAAAUAGUAGAGUGGUCUGUCAGAAUAAGUGAAUAAAUUGUCAUUGUACAUAA